AUGGCUCAUAGAGGACAAUUGAAUUUUUCAAGAAAUAUUUCGUCUACUUCAAUGAAAAGAAGUGACAUAGUAAUGAGUAACGACCUUAUAACAGUUAAAUCAUGCAAAGCAUUACGGAACAGCACAUUUCCAGAAUUUGUUCGUUCUCCAAACUCCCAGCUAAGCAAUAUAAUUUGGAACACACCUUUGGAGAAUAUUUAUGUUGUCAAAAAGCCGUGGAACCAAGAUGUUCGAGAUGCGACGGUAAGAUUCAUAACUCACAUUCACGAUAAUUACCCUUCAGUUAAUGUCAUUGUUAGUGAAGACGUCGCCGAUGAAAUAAUACACGAAACUAAUACCGGAGGUUCAGUCACUAACAUCUUGACAAAGCAGAGCCCCAAGUUUUCUCUGGAUUCCAAAUAUGUCAUCUACACAGGUGAGUUAUCUGAAAUUGUCAACAAGACUGAUUUGAUAGUAACAUUAGGAGGCGAUGGAACAAUUUUAAGGGCUGUAAGUACAUUUCUGAAUGCUAAUGUUCCACCGGUAUUGAGUUUCGCAUUGGGGACAUUAGGAUUUUUGUUGCCGUUUGACUUCAGAACAUUUAGUGAAUCGUUUCGUAUGGUAUAUGAGUCAAGAGCUAAGGCUUUGCAUAGACACAGAUUGGAGUGCCAUGUUGUACGGAAGUCUCUAAAUGACUCCACUGACACACCCAUAACUGACACUACACCCAUUAAGAAUAUCAGACGAUCCGAGUCGGGAACCUCCACCCAGGAAAAAGUAACCACUAUGUUGCAUGCUAUGAACGAUAUUUCCUUGCACAGAGGCAGCCAGCCAAAUCUUAUCUCAUUAGAUAUAUACAUAGAUAACGAAUUCUUGACUACCACUACAGGUGAUGGACUCGUGUUUUCUACUCCAACAGGCUCUACUGCUUAUUCAUUAUCUGCUGGAGGGUCAAUCACCCACCCAUUAGUCCCUUGCAUAAUACUCACUCCAAUCUGCCCAAGAUCAUUGUCGUUCAGACCGUUGAUUCUACCUGCAUCAUCCCAUAUCAUGAUCAAGUUGUCCGACAAGAAUAGAAAUGCAUCGAUAAAAUUGAACAUAGAUGGAAUACUGCAGCAGGAUUUGCAGCCAGGUGAUCAAAUACAUGUGGCAGGAGAGAAUGAUACUGCUCUUCCAAGAAACUCGCAUUCAGACGCUGUUUCAGGCUCCGCAACCGAAAAGGAUAAAAAUGACUCUACUGAUUCUACACCUUCAAGUAAGCAAGAUCUUUGUCAAAAGGGUAUAUGGUGUGUGGCCCGGAGCGAGAAUGACUGGACCAAAGAUAUUAACGAGUUGCUAGGCUUCAACUCUUCAUUCAAGGCUCUGAAACUGAAGCUAUAG